CUACAGCACUCAUCCACGAACUUAACAUUUCCAAUUCCGCCACCUACACCCAGCACCCACUUCACUCUAAAUACCAACUGAACAAAAGUCAAGAUGUCCGAGGCCGCACGCAAGGACUUCCACACCAAGGCUGAGGAGAAGCUUACCCCCGACUCCUCCAAGUCUACUCUCGAUAAGACCAAGGAAAGCCUUACUAGUGCCGCCGACAAGACUGCUCGUGAGACCCAGCCUGACUCCAACAAGACCACUGCGCAGUCACUCGGCGACAAGGUUGGCCGUACCAAGGACAACAACGUCCACGGCUCCACCCACGAAUCUGUUGGCGACAAGGUCAAGGGGGCUCUUGGUCUCGGCAAACACUAAGUGCUCUGACCAUCCGACCUGACGAUGACGAAUGAUACCCGGAUUGUUUUGGACAGGAUGGCCAUUGUUGCCAUCCUGUGACCCAUGCGUUGAAGAUGCUUUACAAUAUCAAGCCUGAGGGCUAGUAAUG